GGCACGUUCACUAUUGCACUCGCCGGUAUCCGCCUUCUUUUAACGCUGACUGUUUUGUUUUUCUGCUGUUGAGCGCCAAGGCGUUUCACUGAAAAAUAAUAAUUCACCGGGAAUAUUUCAUCCAGUGGUGCACAGUGGUUUGUGAAUAAAUAGUAGAGCAGUUGGUUAACGCAAUGGUGCCUUUAAAAAUUCAGAGACGAGUGAAACCAUUCAAAGGAUCGAGUAGAAACGUUCCAUCAAGUGGAUAUUGUGACAGGGCAUGUUUCUAACGUAUUUCGUGAAUUGAGUGCGUCAGUAGAAGGUGUACCGUGUGGGUCGGGCCAAUCGUGGCGGCAAGUUGCUGGUGAUAUUCAAAUAAAAGGCCGACAAGUUCAAUCGAUCGGAGCUGCACAUUCGGCUUCUGACGCAGCCUCUGAUGUUGACGUACUUCAGAAUCGCAGUAUUUCGAGGCAAUUUCGAUUUUUUAACUGAUGUCUCGUACCUCGGGGACGGUUAAUCCUGGAUUGAACGUCUCGGUAUAGGAUGCCCCCAAUUGAAACGAUGACGAACGAUCUAGGGACAAUCCGAAUGAGAUAAGAGGAUGAUGCACAUGGUGAUUUCGAUGCCCGUCCGGGCAAACUCCUCAUCGACACUUGCUAUUUAACGAUACAAUCCGUCGUGCUGAAUGGUUCGACAAUUGGCAUUUCUCAACAAUUUGUGAUAGUUUAAUUUAUCCAAGGGAUAUCAAUUAUGCAGCGAAUAAGGAGAGUCGGAAUUUAUGGACUUAAUGAUUUUGGGGGUGCAAGUUGAAUUGGUAGUAUUGAUACAGCAGGAAUGGAGGAGCCGCAGAAGCUCUUUAAGCUGCCUGGUACGAUUGAGGAGGAGGAGGAGCAGGAAACUGAGACACAUGGCAAUACUGGGAAUGCACCGCGGGCGGAUUCACCGCUCUUGUCGCAGAAAAAUGUGGGAAGUAUUCAGAUACCCAGGAAUGUCACACUGGUGAGGGUCAGCACGCAGAGCAGCAGCAUUGGUGGCGUUGGUCGACAGGACUCAUACAGGAGCAGAUAUCGAUCGGGUCCAGUGCGAAAGAUACGUCGCCGUGCUGUACUGAAGAAUGGCGAGUGCAAUGUCCUCCAGUCUCGCAUAUCCCGUCGUUCCCUGCGCUUUCUCCAGGACAUAUUUACCACCCUCGUUGAUACACAGUGGCGCUGGACACUGCUGUGUUUCUCCCUGAGUUUUGUCCUCUCGUGGCUGGGCUUCGCUGUUAUCUGGUGGCUGAUUGCCUUCACCCACGGGGAUUUUGACGAGAGACACUUGCCGGGCAUGCAGGAGUUGAAUCACUGGACGCCCUGUAUAUACAAUGUUCACUCAUUUACAAGUUGCUUCUUGUUCUCAAUCGAGACACAGCACACCAUUGGUUAUGGCAGUAGGGCAACAUCCGAGGAGUGUCCGGAGGCAAUAUUUGUCAUGUGUAUACAGAGUAUCGCUGGGGUAAUGAUCCAAGCUUUCAUGGUCGGCAUUGUAUUUGCCAAGAUGAGCCGUCCCAAACAGCGCACACAGACCCUCCUGUUCUCCCGAAAUGCUGUAAUAUGUCAGCGUGACGGUGAAUUGAGUCUUAUGUUUCGCGUUGCUGACAUGAGAAAAUCACACAUAAUUGGUGCAACAGUGCGCGCACAAGUUAUUCGCACUAGAACAACCAAGGAGGGCGAAGUAAUGGCGCAACAUCAGCAGGAGCUCGAUGUUGGCACUGACGGCCACAAUGGAAGUAUAUUCUUCAUUUGGCCGAUGACGAUAAUCCAUAAAAUCAAUUCAAAUUCACCGUUCUACAGUAUGUCGGCUGAGGAUAUGUUGACUGAGAGAUUUGAGGUGGUUGUUAUACUCGAGGGAACAAUCGAGUCGACUGGACAAACAACUCAAGCACGCUCGAGUUAUCUGCCCCAGGAGAUACUGUGGGGCCACAGAUUUGAGCCCAUGGUCAGUUACUCCAAGGAGCGACAGGGAUACGAAGUGGAUCAUUCAUUGUUCAAUACAACGACACAAGUGGAUACGCCCUUGUGCUCGGGACGUGAACUAGCUGAGUUCUAUCGGGUGCAAGAUGAAUUGCGCCAUGGGAAUGGUUUUCCAAUGGAUGAAGAUGGACUCUUGAUGGAGCCAUAUCACGACACUCAUCAUCAUUACCCUCAUUCGCAUCAUCAUCGUCAUCCAGUGAUAAUUCCAAGCUCAAUGGUGAGGACUGAGAGCACCAAGAGUGAUAAUAGCCUCGAGGAGCACACUUUCUGCCGAGUGUGUCGUGAGAGUCAACAGCGUAUGCCAAGUCCACAUUUACUACCCCAACCCCACCGUGACUCGGCUUACCGAGUGGUUGAGGUAGAUCCUGAUGCUAUUCAGGUAAUUGGAGACAUGGAGUUGCAGCAAUUACCCGAGGCGGUUAAUCGUGAAAUUUUAAAAAACAGCGGUGAGAUUGUGUACGAGGAGGAGACGAGGGAUGGGGAUAUGAUGCGGGAGGAGAAUUUCGUUAGAUCAGUGGGUCCCAGGAGGACUUUGCUGAGGUAUCCAUUGUUGGAUGAGGAGAGGAGGUCGUUGAGUGGCUCGAGGAGAAAUCUUAAUCACAAGAAUUACCCUCACAUUGAGGAUGAGAAGAGAUCGCUCAAUGGAUCGAGGAGAAAUCUGAGUGGUUCGAGAAAAUACAUUUUAGUGCCUUUAGAGAGACCAGACUGCUGGAAUGGUAGUGCGAGGAAUUUGUACGUUGGUAGUCGUGAAAAUUUAAUUGGCUCAAGGAGAAACACUGGCAGUCGUGAGCAUUUGAAUGUAAUGAGAAGAAGUAUGAAUGGUGUCAAAGGGACUAGGGAAAUGCCGGAUGUAAGAGUGAAGCGUCAUCAUCCAGUUGUACAUGCUGAUGGAGAAAUGGAAAAGCCCAGGAGAGCAGCAAAUCUCGGUGAAGUAACACGACAAUCCUGCACAAGCAUUCCCUCACCCUCAUCUGACUCAAUAGUUUCACCAAAUGACAUUAUCGUUACAAUACCAUCAGAGUCUGUAUUAACGCCUGAGUCGGGCUUUGCUGAGAGCCCACACUCCGGCUCCAGUCCCGAGUCUACGAGGAAGGAACUCCGACUUCCUGGUAAUUCGAUUAUUUCACGGAAUCGCCGAAGUUACGAGAAUGCACAGCUUCAGGAUGUCAAUCAUGUAAUGACGAGAACUAGUAGCUCCAGCAGUAGUACGUCAGACAGCGAUGGGACUACCAAGGAUAUUGUCCCUAUCGGUGGGAAAAAAAGUCAUGAAAAUAAUGUUAAACAAACUGUAUCGCACACCAGUGUUUGACGUUUAUUUUCCUCUAGGUGUAAUUUAUUUCUCUUACUCCUGUCGCUGUUGCUUUGUACUUUUUAAUAUGAAUAUAAAACGUUGUUUUAAAAAUUGUGGAUAAUUCAUGAGAUUCGGGAUUAUUAUGACAAAGGGUUGAUCAUCAUGUGAACUACUGUAUUUAUUUUCAGAAUAGUCUUUUUGAAACGUAUGAUAAUGGAGUUUGAAUAAGACAAUAAAGUAAACUGCUGGACAGUUUUACGGUAUGAAUGAUGUAAUAAGAGGAAAAUGUGUGCCAAGAAAAAUACAAAGUUCUUUUUGAGAAUAUUUGGUGGAACUUUUCUAUCCAUCGCUUUAUGCUAAUCGCAGCUGGAGAUUCUCCUGAUAAAGUCAAGUUUAGUCUUUUCGUAUAGCCAAUAUCCUGUGUGAACUUUAACAGGGAGGAGGAGGGCUAAACUUCCGGUAUGGGUGAAUACCUCGUGUGAUGUGCAAGAAUGAGGGGGAUAAUUUCUAGAAUGUAAUUCAACAAUUACCUGCAUGCAAUGGUACCGGUAUAAUAGUGUAUAUAGGCCAAUGCGCAAACGCCCACGCAUACGUACCCUUUCGCGUUUUAAAGCCGAAAAAACUUUUUCGUCUCUGUGCAUGUUUAUACAUGAUUUAUGAACUAUGAUAAUGAAAAUAUGCAUGAAAAUAUCGAAGGUGAACACGUUACAGCCGAGCUUUUGCGCAAAUGUUAAUUAAACUGAUAAAUUAUUUACCGCUAUCAUUGCAUUUCAUUGUUGCAGAUAGUCAUUGUGAGUUGUAUUAGAAUGAAAAUAUGAGGUAAUGCUGAAAAAGAGCAAUGGGAAGACGGAGAAAAUGUAUUCAGUGAGACGUUGAAGAUAAAUGAAAAAUAAUAUUUUCUACAAAUGAA